GGCAACAUCAACUGAUGUGCUCCGAUUGAAUAACAAAAAAAAAAUAAAUUAGUUCAUACUAUUUACUGUUGUUCAGUAAAAAAAAAUCAGUGAUGGAAAUGGUUAUAGUUGAAGUUAUAUUUCUGCUUACACUAAUUUUAUUGUGUCAAGCCUGUGAUGACGGUCCAUGCCAGACUCCUACAAAGCAUUACACCGAAAUUGGUUGUAAACCGAUCCACGAGGAAGGUGGUAGCUGCCCAACAAGAUAUGAAUGUCCAUCGUUCGCGGAUCGCGAUCACCGGAAAUGCUACUUCAACGGAAAUAUUUACGAGCCUGAAAGCAGCUUAUCUAAAUUUGACGAACGUCUUUCCCCUUGCUACGCCGGAUGCAUUUGCAUUAAUCACAACAACCUCUCCUUCUUCAUCUGUGCCGCGAUUUCAUGCCCGGAAGUUAUGACACGAGGGGCAGACUGCAUCUUUCAGUACUCACCGUUCGAAUGCUGCCCCACGGAGAAGGUUUGCGGAGAUCAGACAAAAAAGCUCAGCGAGUGUUACUUGGAAGGAACACGUUACCUGGAGGGUGAGAUGAUGUAUCCACGGGAAGAAUCGUGCUACAAGUGCAGUUGCCAGAGAGGAUUCGACAACAGUACCAUAAGAGGGAAUCCAAAUUGCUACGAGCUGAACUGUGGCAUCGAGUUGUUCAAUUUGGAGCCGCUACUAAUAGACGGCUGCAGUCCGGUGUUCUUUGGAACACGGGGAUGUUGUCCGAUUUCGUGGAGAUGUCCUAAUGAUAAGGAUACGGUUAUCCGAGAAGACCAACCAGUGGAUGCAAACGGAAUUAAUCCGAAGCUGCAAUGUAAAUUUGGAAAUCUUACUCUUAACGUUGGGGACUAUGUAUCAUCCGAUCAAACGUGUGUUUCCUGUAAGUGCUCUAUACCUCCAAUGGUUCACUGUGUGCAGAAUAAGUAUGAAUGCUGAUUGAACUUAACUAUGUUACAAAUCUAAAUAAAAUUUGAUUUAGGUGUAUCAA